UUUUAUUGCUUAUUACGAAACCCUGAACCGUAUCGAGGCUGGUUCCGUUCCGUUCCGUACAGUUCCAAUCGGAGCACUAGCUAUAUAAGCCCCAUGCUUAGGUACAACCGCACGAACUUCUGUUCUCUGCGGCUUUGCGACGAAACAAAAUGAAUUUCAAGUGCUGCUGCUUGCUGUUCCUAUCGCUACUGGGGCUGAUGGCUGGAGCCAUGGCGCGGCCAGAGCGGCACUCCAGCAACACCACUCCACACACAACCCCACUGCCAUCGUGCACGCCCUGGUGUGCCGGUCAGCCUCCACCGCCGCCGGGUGCCGUCAACUAGAGAUUGAGAGGUCCAACCCAACACCACGUCCAGAACCCCAGACAAUCUCUUGCGAUCGUAAUUAUUUCGUGCCAUUUGCUAAAACAAUUAAACUCACAUAAUGUCUACAAAUAAUUUCUCGUUUUGCUACUGCUGCUCCUUGGUUGCUACUGCUGCUUAUGUUAUGGUUAAGAAAACUUCAGUAAUUGGUAUUGGGGGUAGAUUUUAUUGCCUGGGAAUUGGAACUUUAGCUGGUGCCUCCUGGAAGGCGAACUGCGAGAACUCAUGAGAGAUUUCCCAUCAACCUCCGUAUGGACCGCCACCAUAGAAAUACGGGUCCAAUUGCUGCUGUUGCAACUGUUGCUGUUGCUGUUGCAGUUGCAGUUGAUUCAAGCCGGCGGCAAAAGCUGGCCCAUAGCCAUAGCCAAAACCACCGUUAAAGUAGUCCUGGGUCUGGGGCUGCUGCUGUUGCUGUGGCCUCUGCUGUCCAUAGGGUCCGUUGGGCGCAGCACCGUAUACACCGUCCUCGCCGAAAUACUGCGCUGAAGUCAAUGACAAGGCCCCAAAUAUGAUAGAUAG